UUUUUGCAACCCGGCGCGAUAAAAGAACACGGAAUUCGAUUGUCGCACUCGUGCACUCGUGAUGUUUCUUUCUCCUCUGCGUUCACAAAUACCUAACCUCGUUCGUCAAGGAACUCAGACUAUUGUCAAAGCCGAAGCUAAAUAUUCAACUCUAACUUUGCGUUUGUAUUCAAGUUCAUUGCCAAAAGCCAUGGAAAAGCACCAAGUUGUUCCUGAUGUAAUUCCCGUUGCACCCAAGGAGGUCCUUACCAUUAGAUACGACUCUGGUGUUUUAGUAGAUCAAGGCAAUGUUCUAACUCCAACUCAAGUUAAGAACCAACCCACUGUCGACUGGAAUGCAGAAUCCAGUGCAUUGUAUACACUUUGCAUGACCGACCCCGAUGCUCCAAGCCGCAAAGAACCAAAAUACCGUGAAUGGCAUCAUUGGCUGGUUGGAAACAUUCCUGGCAAAGACAUCUCCAAGGGGGAGGUUUUGUCUGCUUACAUUGGCUCUGGACCACCAAAAGGCACCGGUCUUCAUCGCUACGUCUUCUUGGUGUACAAGCAGAGCGGUAAGCUUGCUUUCGACGAGAAGAAAUUACCCAACACUAGCGGAGAUGAUCGCGGAUGUUUUAAGAUCCAGAAUUUUGUUGAGAAAUACAAUUUGGGUACUCCUGUGGCUGGUAAUCUCUAUCAAGCUGAAUACGAUGACUAUGUUCCCAUUCUCUACAAACAAUUGGGAGCUUAAUUGAUUUAAGCAGCUGGAAGAGCAUCAAAUGCAUGUCUACAGAAGUCGUUUAAUAAAAUUACGUAAUUUUUUGUUUCUUUGUUUUCUUCUUUUUUUGCAUAUAUAAUAUGAAAUUUGUAAUAUGAAAUUUGUAAACAAAUUCUUGAAUCUGAAGUGAUAUCUAUAUUCUUAAAUAAAAAUGCUUAAAGCAUGCUAAAUUGA